UUAUUUAAAUAAAUAAUUAUUAUUAAAUAAAAUAAGUGCUGAUGAAGAUGAAGACUUCGCCGACAAAUCUGGAGAGUUUAGUGAAGCCAGAGAUAAAAGAUGCCUGCAAGGAUCUUGUUCUUUCGGAUGAACAGUUGCGCAUGCUGAUGACAAGUCUUACUCAUGAAAUAAAACGUGGAUUAUCUAAAGAAACUCAUGAGGAGGCUAUCGUUAGAUGCUACACGACUUAUGUUCAAGAUCUUCCUAAUGGAACUGAAAAAGGAAAUUUCUUGGCGCUUGAUCUCGGCGGCACUAAUUUUCGGGUCUUGCUUAUAACAUUAGACCACACGAAUUUUGAUAUGAAAAGUAAAAUAUACGCAAUACCUCAGACACUCAUGUUGGGAUCAGGUACACAAUUAUUUGAUCAUAUUGCUCAGUGUCUCGCGCUCUUUGUCAAGGAUUUGAAAUUAGAGAAAGAAGUUUUACCGCUUGGUUUUACGUUCAGUUUUCCCUGUACUCAGCAUGGUUUGACUAAGGGUAUAUUAGUACGAUGGACAAAAGGAUUUAAUUGCAGUGGAGUCGUCGGUGAGGAUGUUGUUGCUCUACUUGAGGCUGCUAUUGCUAAAAGAAAUGAUGUCAGAAUUGAUGUCUGUGGAAUCUUGAAUGAUACCACCGGAACACUCAUGUCUUGUGCAUGGAAGAAUCACAACUGUAAAAUCGGUUUAAUUGUCGGCACAGGAAGCAAUGCUUGUUAUGUUGAAAAAACUAAAAAUGUUGAGUGUGCAAUCCCUGGCAAUUACAAUCCAGACAAAGAGCAUAUGCUGAUUAAUACUGAGUGGGGCGCAAUGGGUGAACGCGGUACUUUAGACUUUGUUGUCACUGAAUUUGACAGAAUCAUUGACGAAAAUUCAAUAAAUCCUGGAACACAAAUAUUUGAAAAGAUGAUUUCCGGUAUGUACAUGGGUGAAUUGGCCAGGCUUGUAUUGGAGAAGCUCGUUGACGCUGGUCUUCUGUUCAACGGCAAAUGUCCUCCGGAUCUAAAAAAGCGAGGAAAAUUUUUCACGAAAUAUGUCUCGGAAAUUGAAGCAGAUCCAAAAGGUAAAUACACAAACUGCCGAGAAGUCUUAGCAGAAUUAGGUAUCGUCAAUGCAGCUGAUCAAGACUGCGAAAAUGUAAGAUACGUUUGCUCAGUAGUGUCGAGAAGAGCAGCUCAUCUCGCUAGUGCAGGAAUCGCGUGUUUGCUUAAUAAAAUUGGAGAAAACAAUGUAACUGUCGGAAUCGACGGUUCAGUUUAUCGAUUCCAUCCUCAUUUCCACGAUCUUAUGACUGAAAAAAUCAGCCAGCUACAGAACUACACGUUUGACCUAAUGUUAUCUGAAGACGGAAGUGGACGAGGUGCAGCAUUGGUAGCAGCUGUCGCCGCGCAAAAACGGUGAAGUCAAUCGCCGACUAAAUAAAAUAAAUUUAUUAUAGAAUAAUUUUUAAAAUAAAGUGCGAAUUUCAUACUAAAAUUAAACAGCAAAUAACAUUAAUAAUAAUUAUUAAAAAUGAAAUAAAAAAUAAUAAUAAUGAUUGACACUUAACUUGUACAUAGAGCACAAACAUUUGUAGCCUACAUGGAUCAUUGAGAUGAAUUUAUUAGGCUCUUGUUUCAUACGUUCUUACUCGAAAAAAUUAUUGACUAAUUUGAGUAAGACAAUAAUUAUAAUAAUAGAAAUAAUACUAAUAAUAUAAUCGCGUGCCCAUAUAAAUCAAUGAGAUUGACAGUUAAUUAAUUAAAUGCUUUCUCACGUGAUUUGUAUGCCGCUCAGGAUAUACAGAUUAUAAAUUAAUUACAUGUAUAUUAACGGGCAUGUGCACUUGAAACAGUAGACAGAAAUAAUUAUGUGUUACUUAUAUAUAUAUAUAUAUAUUUUUUUUUCUUUUUCUUCUUUACUUAUUGUUUUUUUUUUUAAUCACAAAGCGCAGUGGACAUAUUUAAUAAAAUGAAAAAUCAGUUUAAAUUUAUUAAAAUUGUAAGAGAUGUGUACACUUUGUAUGAAUUAGUAAUUUUAUUUUAUGAGUAAUUGUGAAUUUAAGUGUGCUUGUGUGUGAGUAUAUAUGCACGGAUAAAGAUUUAACAAAGAUAAUAUUUAUGUAUAAAUAAUAAUAAUAAUAAUAAUAAACUGCGCUUAGGACAAUUUAUAAGUUAUUUAUAUUGUCAGUUUAUCUUUUGACGCGCGUAAAUUAUUAAACGUGCAAACGAAUUAGGUUUUAAAUUUAAAAAUUUACUUGGAUGAAUAUACAUAGUCGUUGAAAUAAACUAUUAUUAAUAUUUUAAAUUAAUAUGAACGAGAUAUAACGCUGUAUGAUAGUUUUUAAAUAAUUAUUUUAUAAUGUCUUCCUUUGUUUAACUUUAUUUUGUAAAUUAUUUAAUAAUAAUAUUGACUUGUCAACUGUGUAAAGCUGAUAUAUAAGCGCUGGUUUCUGUCUAGUUUGCUAUCAAAUUAUUUUUAGUUGCCAUGAGUAUUUAUAUUUUUUUUUUCGUUGUUUAUUUUUUUAAUUUUAUUCCUAUCAUGCAGCGUUGAAUUAAUUGUUCAGAUAAGUACUUAAAAAUAAUCGAUUGAGAACUUUAAAUUUUUAUUUUUACUGGAAAUUAUUGAUAAAGAGUGUUGAUAUAAAUGUUAUAAAAAAAAACUCCUUGAUAAUAAAUAAAUCAUCUCAGUAAAAUAUAAAUAAAUAAAUAAAUGAAUGAAAUAUUAUUGUACUUUUUUAUGUUCUGAGGUAUGUAAAAUUUUUUUUCAAAU